AUGAGGUUUCGGGAGCCUCUCCUGGGCGGCAGCGCCGCGAUGCCCGGUGCGUCCCUGCAGCGGGCCUGCCGCCUGCUCGUGGCCAUCUGCGCGCUGCACCUCGGGGUCACCCUCGUCUACUACCUGUCCGGCCGGGAUCUCACCCGCCUGCCGCAGCUGAUGGGAGUCUCCUCGCCGCUGCGCGGGGGCGCGGGCGGCGCCGCUAACCUCGGGCAGCCCUCCGGGGAGCUCCGGCCCCGAGGGGCCCCGCCGCCGCUGCCCUCGGACUCUGCCUCCAAGCCGCACCCCGAUCGCCGUCCCACGAUCAACUGGACCGCGGCUCCCGAGCCCCACAGCACUGCGCUGCCGCUGCCCACCUGCCCGGAGGAAUCUCCCCUGCUCGUCGGCCCCAUGAUGAUCGAAUUUAACAUGCCGGUGGACCUGGAUCGGGUAGCGAGGCAGAACCCGAAGGUGAAGGUGGGCGGCCGCUAUGCCCCCACGGACUGUGUGUCUCCGCACAAAGUGGCCGUUAUCAUUCCAUUCCGCAACCGGCAGGAGCACCUCAGGUACUGGCUGUACUACUUGCACCCAAUCCUGCAACGCCAGCAGUUGGACUAUGGCAUCUAUGUCAUUAACCAGGAUGGAGACUCCAUGUUCAAUCGCGCUAAGCUCCUCAACGUUGGCUUUAAGGAGGCCUUGAAAGACUACGACUAUAACUGCUUUGUAUUCAGUGAUGUGGACCUCAUUCCAAUGGAUGACCAUAAUGCCUACCGGUGUUUUCCACAGCCACGGCACAUUUCCGUGGCCAUGGAUAAGUUUGGAUUUAGCCUGCCCUAUGUUCAGUAUUUUGGAGGCGUCUCGGCUCUCAGCAAGCAGCAGUUCCUCACCAUCAAUGGAUUUCCUAACAAUUACUGGGGCUGGGGAGGUGAGGAUGACGACAUUUUUAACAGAUUAGUGUUUAAAGGCAUGUCCAUAUCUCGCCCCAGUGCUGUGGUUGGGAAGUGUCGGAUGAUCCGCCACUCAAGAGACAAAAAAAAUGAACCUAAUCCUCAGAGGUUUGACAGAAUUGCACACACGAAGGAGACCAUGCUCUUGGAUGGUUUGAACACACUCUCCUACAAGGUGUUGGCCGUAGAGCGGUCCCCGUUGUAUACCAAAAUCACAGUGGAUGUUGGGAAGCCCAGCUAGCAUCUUCAUACACUUAUCAGAGACUUGAAAACGGCCAGGGGCCUCUGCCAGUGUCCCUGCCAAUGUGCUGGGCUGGUCCCUCUCUCGUUUGCACCAAUCAGAAUGAUAGGCUCCCCGGCCCACACCCCCGCACUCAGCCAUCAGAUGCCUUUCCCGAAGACCAAGACAGUGGGAUCGCUUGCCCCCAACUUGGCCUGGCAUGUGACUUCUGAGCGCCGAGGAUCUGUGACUGUAGGAACUGUGUCGGCAUCUGGGG